UUCAGGCCCAUAUAAACCUUUUCUACUCUCUCAUUCUCACGACUCAAACUCAAACUCAAAACUCAAAAAUGGCUUCUUUUGUUACUCAAAAUGCCUUGAAAAUUUUCCUUAUAUUGUCUUUGUUCCAAAUCUCUUUGGCUGGACGGAAGCUGAGUGAAGUGGUGCAAGAACAGCCUCAGCUCUUGAUAUACCACAACGGUCCUCUCCUUUCGGGCAGAAUUACAAUCAAUCUGAUUUGGUAUGGCAAGUUCAAGCCUACCGAGAGGGCUAUUAUCACUGAUUUUAUUACCUCCCUUUCAUCUAGUACUACACCGUCUCAAAACAACCAACCCUCCGUUGCCCAGUGGUGGAGGACCACCGAGAAAUACUAUCACCUCAGCUCUAAGAAAUCCUCUACUUCCCUGUCUUUGGGAAAACAGAUUUUUGAUGAGAAUUAUUCUCUUGGGAAGUCACUCGAGAACGAGCAAAUUGUUGAAUUGGCCUCAAAGGGUAAGCAUAAGAAUGCUAUUAACGUUGUCUUAACAGCAUCUGAUGUUGCUGUUGAAGGGUUUUGCAUGAGCCGGUGUGGAACUCAUGGGUCUGCCUUGAGCUCCAGGAAUAUUGGUCACAUCAACGCCAAGACGUACUCCAAAUUCGCUUAUAUUUGGGUAGGUAACUCCCAGACCCAGUGCCCUGGUCAAUGUGCUUGGCCAUUCCACCAACCAAUCUACGGACCGCAAAAUCCACCUUUGAUUGCACCAAACAACAAUGUGGGCCUUGACGGCAUGGUGAUCAACUUGGCUAGCCUCAUUGCCGGGACUGUCACGAACCCUUUUGGAAAUGGUUACUUUCAGGGUCCAGCUGAGGCACCAUUGGAAGCUUCAUCAGCUUGUCCUGGAAUUUAUGGUAAAGGAGCUUAUCCAGGCUAUGCAGGAAACCUACUUGUAGACCCAACUACUGGUGCUAGCUACAAUGCUCGUGGUGACAAUGGAAGGAAGUACUUACUUCCUGCUUUGUAUGAUCCUGCUACAUCAUCCUGCUCAACUUUGGUCUAACAAUUUGAAGCAGUGAUUAGCAAAUUAGUGUUCGCAGAUGUACAUGUUUAUGGAAGGAUGUAAUUCUUUUAUUUGUUAAUGUAUUUUGCUUAUGCAGAUAACUAAUAAUAGAUCAGCAAACUACUUUGGUUUGCUAUUUUCAUAAUUUGCAGUUCUUAUUUACUUUCAAGUGUUAGAUGGGAGUGUUGAUUUUACACUGUUAAUCUCUCCAUCAGCUAAUCAGCAUUCCCAAAGUUUUUCUUAUUAACUCUAAUGCUUUAUUUUCAUAUAAUUGGUUCAAGAUUUGGUCAAGAAUCUAGGCAUUACUUGGGAAACU